GUUGGUUUGAUUUAAUCAUUGGAAUCUGUUAAAAAUGGAAAUAAUUUUCUUUGGACUUUUUGUCUUCAUUGUAUUUGUGUGGCUUAUAUGUCGUUGGUAUUCCAGAGCAUUUGUGAGUCUAGCCUAUAAAGUACCAUCGAAUAGAUGGCACACCCUACUGGGCUGGGGUAAAAUAUUAAGGGGGAAAGAUAUUUUAAAAUGCAUGUAUGAAUAUGGUAAGAAAUAUGGUGCUAAUUGCGUUUAUUGGAUGGGGCCAUUGCCAUUUUUCAUUUCAACUGAUCCCCAGAUAUUAAAGGAAAUUCUAACUUCUAAAAAUUGCAUAGACAAACCGUUAAUAUUAUACAAGGGAUUUACUACUGUAGCCGGCCAAGGUAUAAUAACAGAAAAUGAACCAAUAUGGACUCAACAUCGUAAAUUAUUGAAUAAAGCUUUUUCGCAUAAAAUGUUGCUAUCAUUCAUUAAAAUAUUCCAUAAAGAAAGCAAUGCUCUGGUCGAACAAAUUCAGAGCUGUUUAGAAAAUAAAGAAGAUAUCGAGUUGUUAGUAUUAUUUCGGGAAUUAACUAUUAAAAAUGCGACAAAAACUCUACUUCAAAGAAAUUUAGAGCAGACUGAGUUUAAGUCAGUAAUUAUGUCAAAACAUCUUCAUGGUAUUCUACAUUAUAUAGCUGACAUUUGUUUUAACCCUGUUAUGAACAUAAGCUGGGUUCGCAAGAUAGCUGAUAACUUUCUUUAUAAAUCGGCUAGAGACGGUUUGGAUAUGUUUAAAAGACUUGUCGCUGAAUCAUUGUAUGUUAUGCAAUAUAAUAAAACAGAUCCCAGCUAUUUGCCAAAGGUUAAUAGUAUAUUAGAACAUGUAUUAAAUGGAACUAAUCAGAAUUUACUUAAAUAUGAUGAAAUCGAAGGACAAAUAAUGCAUAUCUUUGCCGGGGCCACCGAAACCACAUCAAGUACAUUAUUUUUUGCAAUUUCACUACUGGCCAUGCAUGAAGAAUAUCAGAGAUGUGCUUUUGAGGAAAUAAUAAACAUAUUACCCGAGGAUGACAAUGUUGUCUUAACAUUGGAACAACUUGAUCAAUUAAUCUAUUUGGAAAUGAUAUUAAAUGAGACUAUGCGUCUUUUGCCCGUAGUACCAAUGGUAUUUCGAAAAGUUAAAAAUGAUAAACUCACUCUUAGCAAUGGUUUGACUCUAUCCGUGGGCCAAAGCAUUUGUAUUGAUAUCUUUCGUUUGCAUCGUAGCAAAGAACUAUGGGGUCUCAAAGCGGAUUCAUUUAAUCCCGACAAUUUUCUGCCAGAAAACGUUGCCGCCAGACAUCCAUACGCAUUUAUACCCUUCACUAAGGGACAGAAAUUUUGUAUCGGUUGGAGAUAUGCCAUAUUAUUUCUUAAAAUUUCCUUGGCUAAAUUAAUUAAAGCCUAUAAAUUUACAACAGAUUUCAAAUACGAAGAUAUUGUUCCAGAAAACCAUAUGACACUGAAAUUGGUGAAAGGCCCGCGAAUUCAUAUAGAAAAACGUAUAGCGCCAGAAUAG